AUGGUUGGGCUAACAAUUUUUAUCCUCUGCCUGGGACAAAUAAGAGGUCACAUCCCGGAUGUUCCCAUGCAAAGUGAACAAGACCUAGAAGAGGGAUUAUUUAACCUUCUUUUAAAACUUAGUCAUGAAGAAGUAUUUGAAACACUGCUGGUCUAUGGAGAGAACUGCGUUUUCCAUGCGCUAUCGAGACGUUUGGAGGUUCCAACAGUGCUGGUGUCUUCGGGGAGCACCAGUUUUGAUUGGAGCUUCAGUAGCCUAACUUUGAUACUUAGUUGUGGUCCAGACGAUGAGAGGGAAUCGAUCUUUCGCACACUCAUUAAACUUCAAAGGAACAAGCGCCUGAUUUACCUACCAAAGGAUACGCAACCAGACUCUGUGUGUGAUAGCUAUUCACAGAAAGAGCAAUACAAUGUAGCCAUGGUGAAAGAGGACUUUAACAAGACGGGAGUGAUAUACACCUGUCGUUUUUAUACAUAUCUCGAAAUUGAAGAAGUAGGUCUGAAUGAUAGUAAGCCGAUCUACAUUGAACACUUUCAAAACAUGCACGGAAAGCCCAUCACAUCAAUGGCAGAUCUAGUGCCUCCCCGAUCCAUGCUGUAUUUAGAUAAAAAGAGCGGAAAAAGGAAAUUGACUGGCUAUCUGGGCAAUCUGAUGAAUAGCUUUGCACAAAAAGUUAAUGCCUCCUUGCAAUUUGAAAUCCUAAGCACACAAGUCAGCUUUACAGAGAUAAUAAGGAGGGUAAGACAAGAGGAGCUUGACAUUGGCAUUUCUUUGGAGGCCUCAAUGUUUUCAGCUGGCUUUGACACAACCACUUACCCAUUCUUGCUAACCAGCUACUGUUUGAUGCUUCAGUUUCCCUCAAAGUUGCCAAUUAACCGGGUAUUUGCAAUCAUCAUAGAUCGUCGCGUGCUCGGUAUUAUCUUAGUGAUUUUCUGUCUGCUUUCCUUGUUGCUUAUUUACAGUCAGAAAAUGUCCUGGCAGAAUCUGAGCUUACCCAAUAUCCUGCUUAAUGACAUAACACUGCGUGGCCUCUUGGGUCAAUCACAUCCGUUUCCCUCCAAUGCCAGCAAACAUUUGAGGAUGAUUUUCUGCAUCUUGUGCUUCGCCAGCAUGAUGAUGACCACCAUGUAUGAUGCCUAUCUUCAAUCCUUCUUCACCAAUCCGCCAUCGGAAAAUCCAGUUCGUUCCUUCAAGAAUAUUGGAAAACUUAAGCAAAAGCUGGCGAUCGCCGCAAUGGAGGCGAGAUCACUGAGCUUUGUCAACAAUUCUCAAUUUUGCGAAAUCAACACAGAUGACAUUCAAAUCAUUGACGGAUGGAAGGAUUUUUUAAAAAUGCGCGACUCGCUUAACAUUAGCUAUAGUUAUGUGGUGACAGAAGAUAGCUGGAACAUCUAUGCUGAGCAGCAAAAAAUCUUCAAAAAGCCAAUUUUUUACUACGCAAGGGAUCUCUGCUUUUCCCGCCAGGUGUUCAUGUCCAUUCCCAUGCGAAAAUACUUGCCGUAUCGACACAUCUUCGAGGAACACAUGGUGCGGCAACAAGAGUUCGGAUUGGUGAGCUACUGGAGGAGUCGCAGCUUUUUCGAGAUGGUGCGACUAGGCAUAAUGCCCCUCAAGGACCUUAGUCCGCCCACAGUGUAUGAUCAAGGCCUACUGCUCCAAGAUGUCUCCUCUAUUAUGAAAAUGUAUGUCGCCGCCAUGCUGGAACACAUAAUACGACAGCACGAGUUCGGAUUGGUGAACCACUGGAUGGCAAACAGCUUCCUGGACAAGGUUAGACUGGGCAUAACGCCCUUCAAGGACCUUAGUCCUCCAACAAGGCAGGAAGCAAGUUUAGUUGUGGAAGAUAUUUCCUGGCUUCUUAAACUUUAUGUUGCCAGCAUGUCCAGGUACAAGGUGGUCAUGAGCUGGGCCGAGGUAGACAUGUUGCGAUUCGGGAACGACCACAAGCUGCAGAAGGUGAGCGCCGAGCGUAUCCAGAUGUUCGAAGACUGA